GAUGUCGAAACUUUUCUUAUCAAAAUAUUUUUUUAUCGUGCGUGACAGAAGCAAUUCCUUUCAUAAGUUACCGUUACAUGUGCCAUUUCCAUUUAUUUUAUUGAUUAAUCAUGGAUUAUCCUCCAGUUAUUCCCAUGACUGAUGCAGAGCAAAAUGCUACUUAUUCUGAGAUAGCAAAACAAUUUGAAAACUGUUUUGGAACUAUGCCAAGUUUUUUUGCUAGAGUUCCAGGUAGGGUGAACCUAAUUGGUGAGCAUAUUGAUUAUUGUGGAUUUGCUGUUUUACCCAUGGCAAUUGAACAGGACAUAAUAGUAGCUGUUAAAAUCAAUGAUAAAAAAUUGCUGAAUCUUGCUAAUUUUGAUUCUAAGAAGUAUAAAAAUUUUUCAACCUCAACUGGUGAUAUAAAGAUUGAUAUAAGCUCACCUCAAUGGUAUCAUUAUUUCUUAUGUGGAUAUAAAGGUAUUCUAGAGAAAUGUAAAAUUGAUGACACUGGCAUGAAUGUUUUGGUGACAGGAAAUGUGCCACCUUCUGCUGGUCUUUCUAGUUCCAGUGCUUUAGUAUGUGCUAGUGCAUUGGCUACUACAUUUGCCCAUAGGAUAUCUUUGACAAAAUGGCAGCUGGCGUCAAUUUGUGCAGAGUCUGAGCGUUACAUAGGAACACAAGGUGGUGGCAUGGAUCAGGCAAUUGGUUUCUUAGCCGAAUCUGGUACAGCGAAGUUGAUUGAAUUUAAUCCUUUAAGAACAUACAAUGUACCCCUUCCAGCAGAUGUAGUAUUCGUUGUCUGCAACAGUUGUGUAGCUAUGAACAAGGCAGCAACUUCUCAAUUCAACAGAAGAGUCAUUGAAUGCCGCUUAGCCACCAAAGUUUUAGCAAAGAAGCACGGUUUUGAGUGGCGUAAUGUAGAGAAACUUGCUGAGCUUCUUGUUCUACUCCAGAAAGAUAAUUAUGCUAUGAUAUCUGUGGUCGAGCAUGAUCUUCCUCAGAAAUCUUACACAAGAAAAGAUUUGUGCUCUAUUCUUGAAGUGACUGAUGCAGAAUUUACAACCAUACUAAGUGAAAAUACUAAACAUUUAGAGGAAUUUCAGCUAUUAAACCGUGCCAAACAUGUAUUUGAAGAAGCUGCUCGUGUGAGAAAAUUUAAGUCUACAUGUGACAGAGGAAAUAAUGAAGUGGAGGAGCUUGGCCGUCUUAUGAAUGAAAGUCAUAAAAGUUGCAGAGAUUUAUAUGAAUGUAGUCAUCCUGUUUUGGAUGAACUAGUUCAAACUGCCUUAACUGCUGGAGCUGUUGGAUCUAGGUUAACUGGGGCUGGAUGGGGUGGAUGCUGUGUUUCAUUAGUCAAAAAGAAUCAAGUUACUGAGUUUUUGGAGACUGUAAGGAAAAAUUUUUAUGAAAAAAGAGUGAAGGAAUAUCCAGAAAUUAAUGUCAACUCUGCAUUAUUUGUAACAAAACCUAGUGGAGGAGCUGCUAUUUAUACAUUGCAGAUUUGAUUGCAAUGCUGUUUAGAACUUUCGUGAAAUCGUAAUAUUUUAUCUAGUUAUUUUUUAAACUUAAUUUGUUCAAUUAAUUGCUUUAAUAUUAUUCGCCCUAUUGGAGAUUUUUGAUUUUCACUUUUAGAAUUAAGAAAUUAAGCUUUUAGUAAUUUGUUUUUAAUUUGAAAAAUAUGCAAAAACAAUUAUGAAAAUAUUUGAAACAUUGAGAGGUUUCUUUUUGAAAAGCAUAUAAUGUACAAUAAGAAAGUUUUUAGUAUGCAUUUAAAAAUCAUGCUUAAAAGAUUACUUGGCAUUAAGUGCUGUAUUUGAAAAUGAUAUUGCAUUGAUUACAUGUGUGUGCAUAUGUAUUUUAUAAUGCUUAAAUAAGCAUCAGUAAAAUAUUGACCAAAUAUUGAUUUAUUUCAUAUUACUUUUAAAAGAAAAUAUCCAUAUAUCUGCACCUAAUACUGCUUGCUGUAUAGCCAGAAAUAUUGCUAACGUUCUCUUCUAUGAUUUGAUAUUCCAUGAUGAAUAUCAAAUCAUAGAAGACAACUUUUAGAUAAUUCACGGCAACAAUUUAGUUUCUGAUAUAAAUUUUCCAAAGUUAUAGGCCGUAUAGUUGACAAAGAUUUGAUGAAACUUCAUAAAUUUUAUGCUGCUCAUAAAUUUUAACCAUUUGUAUUUUUAACAAAAAUGCAAAGCAUGAGAAUUAUACAGUUUGUAUUUAUUUUAUAUAUAAUUUCUAAUGUAUUUUUAAUUUGUUGCUAGUUUUAUUUUUCAUGCAAAAUCUUAGUUUCCAUUAUAUCAUAUUUCGAAAAAUUGAAUUUUCUUUCUUUAUGAAAUUGUGCUAUGUAUGCAUUAUGAAUAAUGGCAGAUUAAGCUUGUUGGGGGCUGGCCUCAGGCAGUGCUGUUCUUUAUUUAAUUUUUCGAAUCAUGUCUUUGGAAAAUGGCACCUUAAGCUAAUACAAAAAUUUAUGCACUUUCUAAGAAAUUUGGCUCUUAUAAUUUCGGUUGCGAAUUCUUUGAUACCUAAAUUUUUAAAUCUUUAUUCCAUAAAAUCUAAACGUUUGGAAGGAAUUACAAAUGUUAAAGAUCAUAAACCAUUUGAAUGUGUAUUGAGAUAAUAUGAUAUUAUAGUAUAAGUAUUUGAAUUUUUUUACACUCUGUAAUCCAUAACGAUUUUUGAAUUUUAAGUCUAUUUAUCGAUAGUAUUUAAAAGUACUGAUUAAAUCGGGCUGAUAUCUUCAUAAUAUGACUUUUGAAGGGGGCGAUAUUUAAAAGAACACGAAGAGAGUAUCUUAUACAGCAAACAGUAGAUAUGAAUCAGGGAUAAAUUAAAAAUAUUUAAUUAUAAAUUAAAUUAAUUAUUUUAAUUAGUUAAAGUUUUUCCUCUUUCCUAGGCUUAUCUGCACCGAAACUCAGCUAAUAAUGCAAUGAAUAAUUCCAAUUAAUGAAGUUUAAAAAUUGAUGACAAAAUACUUCAGCAAAUAAAGGAUUAAGCGGGAAGUUGUUGCUUCAUUAAUUGGGUUAUUUUAGUAUUACUUAGGUUAAAUAAUAUCUUCCAAGUAGUAAGGAAUGCUUUUCUCAAAUCUGAAAUAUUCCAAAUAUUUAAUAAACAAUCCAAAUAUUUAAUAAAAUUAAUAAAUGAGUAACAAAGAUCAAAUUUAAUUAAUUAAUAAUUUUGAAACAAAGAUCAAAUUCUUAAAAUAAUUAUAUGCACUGCGUUUAGGAAAUGUAGAACUUCAUCAAACAUACAGAAAUAAUUUUAAUAAAAUUAAAUUCCUAUUUUGAAGCUGUGUAUGUGUUACUUAGGGAAAACUUUUUGUGUGUUAAAAAUGUUAAAAUUCUUUUGUGAAAAAUGUGUUUCUUCGGGCAAGUAAUUUUGAAUCGUGAUCAGAUGGCAUGUAAGCUGGUAUUCCUUCUUUACAUUUCUUCACCACUUUCUGGAAUGAAGCUCAAUUUCUGCAGAUGUAACACACAAAGGUUAUAUAUAUAAAAUAUAAUAUAGAAAUGGGUAUCCUAGCUGUGAACUUCCUUUAUUGAAGUUGAGAUUGGUAUUUGAAUACCUCGAUCCAGUCGCAUACUGGAAUGUUUCAUUACUGAAGAAUUUAAUAAAUUUAAUGUUAAUAACUAUUCAAUUAGAUUUUAAUUUACCGCAGCAUAAAAUCAAAUCAAUCUGACACACACACACACACACACACACAAAAAUCAUCACUUUUAAAACAAAAAAAACUAGCAUCUUAAUGUUUUCUUGUUUAUAACAUAAGUUUGCAAUUCAAGCUACAAUUAAUUUUAAAAAUUUCUAAAUGUAUGUUAUCGGAAAGGAACAAAAAUAUUGGCCAUAGACUGAUUUCAAGCAUAGAUAUUUUGAACUUGUAGACCGACGAUGGCCCUUCCUCUUUUUUAUUCUUUGAUUCUAGUUGUUGAUACAUGCACAAAAUUAAACGAAACUAAUACAAUUUGAUUCUAUUGCGACUCCGAUUCCGCGGGAAAAUAAGACUGACGAACUUGAAUUAUAUACCAGCUUCCAAAAUGAAACUAAGUUUUGGCAAUGUUUAUGGCCAUGAGCAGCUCUUUAUGUUUAAGGAAAAAAAAUAAAGUUACGGAAAGAUAAAAGUAUUGUAAUUUAACUUAGAUCAAAGUAUCAAGUUAGAAUAUUGGAAAUAUAUGAGAAUAUUUCGGUUACAUUUUCUGUAUCCAAUUAUUUUAUUAAUUAUUAAUAGUUGAUUAUUUUUACAUUAUUUAAAUUAUUCCUCAAGUGCAUUGUUUUUAAGUAAGUCGCCUAUGUUUAUUAGUAGAAUUUUUUUUUUUUUUUUCAUUUUAAAAUUAUUUUCCAGUUUGGAAAUUUGACUCAAAAUUUUGAUAAAUGUGCGCAUCUUUCUGGUUUCUUAAGAGACUUGAAUGAAGUAGUUGCAGUAUCGAGGCUUUCGAUCAAAGGAUCGUGAAUGUUUUGUAUUCUAUGAGAUUCUUUGUGUGGAGAAUGAUAUGAUCAUGGAAUAUAUGCUCUUUUGUCAGUCUAUUGUGGAAGUUACGGAUGCCAACUCAGGUUUCGUCUUCAUUUUAUUGCGAUUUAAAAUUAUGAAGACCAUUCACUAUAGCUCAUAUCAAAGUUUCUGAUCAAGACAUUAAUGUAACAAUAAAUUAAUUAUUAUUAAUACAAUUCAAUGCACCGUGUUUGUAGAUUCUUAAAGAAUCAUAUGCAUUCAUAUUAGUCAAUAUUUUUGAGUUUAUUUUAUGUUUAUGUUAUUUCAUGUUGAUUCUUGCCCUGCAUCAAAUUUGUAGAUGUAAAUGUUGCAUUAAAUUACUGAACAAAUUUAUAUAUAUAUUUUAAACUUUAUUGUUUUUAAUUUAGAACUUCAGCUACGUGUUUUAAGUAUGAAUAAGUGUAGUUUUGAUUAUAUUAUUUAUGCGCACUGAAUUUAAAUCCUUUUUAGUUAGAAAAUUCGCACAUUUAACUAUAUUUCAUGAGUUUAAAUAUGGAAGUUGCAAGUACAAAAUAAAUCUAUAAACUUUAUCUUUAUUUUAAUUUAUUUCAUGUUAUAUGUCAGAAUUUUGCCUAGGAAUUGUUCAAUUUAAAUAAUACUCUUUUGUUGCAGUUCAUGAGAAUUUUUCAUAAUUUCGUUUUUCUCAUUAUAUAUCCAUAUUCAAACUUUUAUUGGUUCUGUAUGAUAUGUUUUGUUGUCAUUUUUCUUUGUUUAAUUAUCUGAAGUAUUUAGCAUCUUGUGAGAAUUAGUAAUAGGAUGUUCUUUCCUUUUUUUCUUUUUAAUUGGGCUUUUAAGCCAUGCUAUGAACUUUAAUUGAAUAUUAUAUUUCACCGAUUUAUAUAUUUUGAUUAAAAAGUAUUUUUUGAUAAUUUUAUUUUUGCAAUGAUUAUUUAUUAUGUAAUAAAAUAUAAUUUUUAAAACUUUUCUUCAGCUUCAAAACAAAACGCGAUUCUACAAAAUAAACUAUAUCCUGUCAAAUAGAUAAAGAAAGAAAAAAAAAAAAAAAAAAAACUUCAUAAAGUUCAAGUAAGUUUAUUUUUCUUGUUUAUGAAUCUUAAAUAUGUUAGAGAAUUUCUGUCAGAAAAAUUGCUUAUUUUGUGUUUAAAUUAAUAAAAAUAAGUGCUUUUAAAAAGUGAAAAUACAGAUUGUUGUUUUUUUAGAAGUUUUCCAGAAUUUUCUGAAGAAAACAUUCGUAAAAAAUGCGAGGUAUCAAUAUAUGUAUCGUUCCAUUGUUAGUGUUUUUCGAGUUAUAAAUGCAUUUACAUGUAACUUUCAAAAAAUUACAUGGAAAAUUCUUAAUAUUGAAAUAAGUGUGUUCGAAAAUUCUUUUUUUUCUCUCCCUCUUUUUUUAAUGAUACCUUUUGUUUAAAAAAUGAUGAAAGGUAUAAAACAUUUCGUUUCGAGUGAUUAAAAUACCUUCUAUGAGUAAUGUCUUCUUUAUUCACUAGCAAAAUGAGAUCUGAAAAUGUUUUAUAAAAGAUUGGAUUAAAUCCAACAAAAACUGUUAUUUUUUAAAUGGUGAAGGAUAUGUAAAUUUGAUGAUGUAGAUUGAUUAUGGUUUUGCUGCACUAUGUAUUUGGGAGGGCGUAUCUAAAAAUUAGUAAUUAAUUUGAAUUUAACUCCUUAUCCUCGCUGAGCGUUUUUUUUUCUUCUUUUUUUUUUCACACAAGUACAAAUUUUAGAGAUAUAUUCACUAACUAGUGCAUAAAAAGAAUUAUAAAUUCUAAUUAUAUGAAUAGCUGUCUAAUUUUGGUUAUUUCCUUUUUUUUAUUUCAUGAAAGUCGUAUAUUUUUUCAUUUGAUUUAUAUUAUUGUUUUCAUUCUUAAUUAUUGUAUUUUUAAUCAGUUUACCAGUUGAUUUGCCAUACUGCAUAUGCAUUUACAGUUGUAAUAAAUUAUUUUUAUAUGGUUGUAACAUUACUUCAUAGAUUAUUUUUGCACCUAGUCUCAUUGCACAAUUGCAGAAAUAAAGCCUUGGAGCUUUAAUGUCAAUUUUUAUAGCUAAUAUGUCAAUUUUUCUAAUCACCAGUAAGUACUCAAUACCAUGACAGUAUAUAUGUUUUUGUUUUUUGAUUGUAUGUAUUUUUUUAUCUGACAAAUGUAGGUUUUCUAAGUGGAUUUUGUAGAGACCUAGCUAAUAUACUUGAUUGCUAAAUAAAAUAUAUAUUUACAGUUUA